GCCCCCUUCCCAGACCCCGCCUCCGGUGUCCCCCUCUCCUACUGGGCGCUCGGGGCUGUGCGCCUCCCACUUUGAUCGAGGAUCCUAAGGCUCAGAGCCCUGCGGGCUUGGAAGAACUUCGCGAGGCUUUUCCGGGAUGAGCCCUGGAGCUGGGAGGAGGUGGCAAGCUGGGCAUCGAAGUAGAGUAGGAGCGAGAAGCCUCAGACUGUGCAGGCUGGCCCAGGGCCGCUCCAGGCGCGAUCUCACUUUUCUCACCGGCUUGGUAGGGUCUCUGUGGGUUGAAUUAGGACUGGAUCUGGUUCUCCAGGACUUGAAUCUUACAGGGGACCCCAGAGUUCAUGCGGGUGAAUCCCUUUUGUUACAAAUGGGUACACUGAGGCCCAAACAGGGAGAAGUGAUUCACCAAGUUGCACAGAGUGAGACUCCCUCUGGACUCUGGAUCCUGUUGGCAUUAACCUGUGUCUGAUCCUGGUGCACUGCACGUCUCUCAGGUUCUGCCACCCCCUCCCCCCACUGUGCUUUCAGCUUCUCCCUCACUUUUCAGGUGGUGGGCAUCAGUUCUUCCUAGCCUAGCCGACUGGCCAAGAGGGACUGGGGUGAGGGUGGCCAUGACUCCCCAGAUGGCCUGGGAGAUACCACCCAGGAUCUGGAGUCUGGGCUGCCAGGGAAGAAGCCGCUGCCUGCUGACCUGCCUGUGUCCCUACAGCUCCGCCAUCGACAAGCGGUCAGGGGAGAAGGUGGCCAUCAAGAAGCUGAGCCGGCCCUUCCAGUCUGAGAUCUUUGCCAAGCGUGCCUAUCGAGAGCUGCUGCUGCUGAAACACAUGCAGCAUGAGAAUGUCAUCGGGCUUCUGGAUGUCUUUACCCCAGCCUCCUCCUUGCGCAACUUCCAUGACUUCUACCUGGUGAUGCCCUUCAUGCAGACGGACCUGCAGAAGAUCAUGGGGAUGGAGUUUAGUGAGGACAAGAUUCAGUACCUGGUGUAUCAGAUGCUCAAGGGUCUUAAGUACAUCCACUCAGCUGGGGUCAUCCACAGGGACCUGAAGCCAGGCAACCUCGCUGUGAAUGAGGACUGUGAGCUGAAGAUCUUGGAUUUUGGGCUGGCGCGGCAUGCAGAUGCGGAGAUGACUGGCUAUGUGGUGACCCGCUGGUACCGGGCCCCUGAGGUGAUCCUCAGCUGGAUGCGCUACAACCAGACUGUGGACAUCUGGUCUGUGGGCUGUAUCAUGGCAGAGAUGCUGACAGGGAAAACUCUGUUCAAGGGGAAAGAUUACCUGGACCAGCUGACCCAGAUCCUAAAAGUGACUGGGGUGCCGGGUGCUGAGUUUGUGCAGAAGCUGAAUGACAAAGCAGCCAAAUCCUAUAUCCAGUCCCUGCCACAGAGCCCCAAGAAGGAUUUCUCUCAGCUCUUCCCACGUGCCAGUCCCCAGGCUGUAGAUCUGCUGGAGAAGAUGCUGGAGCUGGAUGUGGACAAGCGCCUGACGGCCUCGCAGGCCCUCACCCACCCCUUCUUUGAACCCUUCCGGGACCCUGAGGAGGAGACAGAGGCUCAGCAGCCACUUGAUGAUUCCUUAGAACAUGAGAAACUCACAGUUGAUGAAUGGAAGCAGCACAUCUACAAGGAGGUUGUGAACUUCAGCCCCAUCGCCCGGAAGGACUCUCGGCGCCGGAGUGGCAUGAAGCUACAGUGACCCUCGCUGAGCCCAGGAAUGACCACAUGGCACUACCUGCCAGGCACUGCCUCUGGGACCAGUAUUUAUUUGUUGCUACUAAAGUUUCAACCCGUUUUGGAUUAUAGCCUUCCAAGCAGAGGACAGAAGGCCCUUGUCCUUGUGCAGGAAACAGGCAGAAUUCAGAGUUGUUGAUUGGAAGAAAAUAGCUCUAAUCAUAACCGGCCACAUUAAAGCACCCAUCUGGAGAAAA